GGUUUCAGCUGCAGCCACCUGCUGUUACAUAACCUGCCCGCUGAUGACGUCACGAGCCGAUCCACUCUGCUGACGUCACGGGACUUCUUGAGCGGCUCGCGGGGCUCCUGGCUCAGAGUGAGGAUGAGGAUGAGGAGCGCGCGGAUUCUGCAGCAGGUCAAACGGAGCCUUCAUCACUCUCCUCCUCUUCCUCAGCGCUCCGCGGGCAUCAUCGGAGCUCCUUUCUCCAAGGGACAGCACAGAGGGGGUGUGGAGACUGGACCGGACCGGAUCCGAGCAGCGGGACUCCUGCAGCGGCUGCAGCAGCAGGGCUGCGCAGUGAAGGAUUAUGGGAACCUGGAGUUUGAGGAGGUGACAGAGGACGAGCCGGUCCGGGGUUCCAGCAGGGUUCGGGCCGUGGGCAGCGCCAACCACAGGCUGUCGGAGGCGGUGCAGGCGGUGAAGAAGGACGGACACACAGCCGUGAUGCUGGGAGGGGACCACAGUCUCGCCAUAGGAUCGAUCCACGGUCACUCUGCUGCUGUCGGACCGCUGAGCGUCCUGUGGGUCGACGCCCACGCCGAUGUCAACACGCCGCUCACCUCCUACACCGGGAACCUCCACGGGCAGCCAAUGUCCUACCUGCUGCAUGAGCUCAGGUCGAAGGUUCCUGCUCUUCCAAACUUCUCCUGGAUGAAGCCGUGUGUCUCAGCCCGGGACCUGGUCUACAUCGGUCUGAGAGACGUGGAUCCAGCUGAGCAUUACAUCCUGAAGCUACUGGGGGUGAAGGUGUUCUCCAUGUCACAGGUGGACCAUCUGGGCGUGGCCAGAGUCAUGGAGGAGACGUGUGACUACCUGUGCUCCAGCGUGAAGAAACCGAUCCACCUGAGCUUCGACAUCGACGCCAUCGACCCCUCCAUUACCCCGGCAACAGGAACACCUGUGGUGGGAGGCCUGACCUACAGGGAGGGUCUCUACAUCACAGAACACCUGAGUCAGACAGGUCUGCUGUCGGCGGUGGACCUGGUGGAGGUGAACCCUCUGAGGGGCCGGACCGAGGAUGAGGUCCGCUCCACCGUCGGCACAGCCGUCGACCUGCUGCUCGCAUGUUUUGGACGCGUUCGCGAAGGGAACCACCCGUCGGACUACCACCUGCCUGAUCCAUAACCAGGCCGGCGCCGGGCCGUCCCACUGCACCUGAACUCACCACGCCGAGCCUCAGAGACCAGCAGAGACCAGCAGAGACCAAAAGAGACCAGCAGAGACCAGAAACCGGUCCGUGGUGCUUUCAUCAAACCUGCCGUCACUGAAGCGUCUUCCAGAUUCUGGCACCUGUCAAUCAAACUGCUGAUUUUUAUCUGAAGAAUAAAAAAAGUUCAGAAAAAUGAAUGUUUAGAACAAAAAUACAAAUGUUUGUUUACAGAACACCAGUGUCAAACUGAUCACCUGGUCCUGGAUUAAACUUUUAUUAAUCUGG